UUUUCUUUAAUCCUCACUGUGACCCUAUGAGGUGGCUGGUCCAUAUUCCCUUUUGCAGGUGAGAAAAGAGAGACGGAGAGAUUAAAACGAGUUAGGAGCUGAGCCCAGAAGCGUGAUGAUGGAGUGCGAACUCUGUUUCCCUGUGCAGAAGCCUGGGUUCUUGAGCUGCUCCGACCUCACUGACGGCACAUGCCUCCAUGUCUUUCCUAGGCUGGUGGGAGCCUCAUCAUGAGAGAAAGCUGUGCGUUCUCCCAGCCUCUUUCCAGGGCUGUGCCAGGAUCCUUCUGGGAAGAAGGGAAAGUGAGGACUUGUGUGCCAACAAUGGCUUCUCAGGAAGAUGGGCACCUGGGAUUGCCUGGGAGGAGAACUAAGAAGCUUCUUGUUGGCCACUGGUCUCAGGGUCCCUAGGCCAACUCUCUGGUCAGUCACCAGGGCUUACAAGCAAGAAGGAGCCAAAGGCAGAGUUAUGGAAAAGACUAGUGAACGCUUCCUUACAGAGGAAAACCACCUCAAGGACUUGAGAACUGGUCGGUGUUGAGGAGAUAACCAAUUUUAGGAGUGAAGAUGUGGUUGGAUUCCAUGUCUUAAUGAAGAAUCUAAUGCAAGAGUUCAAGCUUAGCUCAACUCGCAUUCCAGUGGCCAUGAGGGAUAACGAUUACUUAAGUCUUAACAUUUUUUGCCGUGUUGCAAUUUUCUCCUUGUUUGGUCUUUUAACUCGGUCCGUUUCCUUGUGCAUCUUAGCAGUGAAACAUUUCUUAAUCUCAGAAAACCAUGUUUGAUGCAGGGACCAGAAGCGGGGAGAGAGGUAGACAUCAUUGUUUCGCUUCUCAGCCUCAGAAAUGCAGGUUUCCUGCUGUGUAUCCUCAUAGCACCCUGUACUUCUCCCUGGCAGAACUUUUUAUGGUUAGAAAUGAUUUGUGUAGUUGUUUAGUGCCUAUCUUCUUCAACAGAAUGUAAGUAUCUGGUGGUUUAAUUUACUGCUUCAUCACCAGAGUUAAGCAUAGUCCCUACCGUGUAGUUGGCACGCAAUAAGUAUCUGUGGAAUGAGAACUCGGGAUGGGAAAGUAUGUGUCUCCUGUACUGGGGCCUCAGAACUGGGCCAAGGAGGUGCCUUGGGUGAUUUCGUUGAGUCCCUGACAUGAUGCUGGAAGAGUGAGCACCAGAGGGAUCUGCCCUGGUGCUCCAGUCUCCCUCUUCACGGGGACAUUCAGUCACCCAGGCCUCAUGUGAAAUUUGCUGAAAUGGAAUGGGAGUGAAUGCAGAAAGUUCUGGGACUCUUGUGCCCCUGGGAAAACAACAGCAGAGUCCUGGAUGAAGGUAUAUACCUUAAAUCUGAACUGCUGUGCAUGAGCGGAAUGCGCAAGGAUGGAUGGAUGCUAUGGACUUUGGGGGACAGCCCUGACUGAGAAUACAGCUGAGAACCGGGAACUUUAUGUCAAGACCACCCUGCGGGAGCUUUUGGUGUACAUCGUGUUCCUGGUGGACAUCUGUCUCUUGACCUAUGGAAUGACAAGCUCCAGUGCCUAUUACUACACCAAAGUCAUGUCUGAGCUCUUCUUACAUACCCCAUCAGACACCAGAGUCUCCUUCCAGGCCAUCAGCAGCAUGGCAGACUUCUGGGAUUUUGCCCAGGGCCCACUACUGGACAGUUUGUAUUGGACCAAAUGGUACAACAACCAGAGCCUGGGCCAUGGCUCCCACUCCUUCAUCUAUUAUGAGAACUUGCUGCUGGGGGUUCCAAGGCUGCGGCAGCUGAGGGUCCGCAAUGACUCCUGUGUGGUACAUGAGGACUUCCGAGAGGACAUUGUGAGCUGCUAUGACGUCUACUCUCCGGACAAAGAAGAGCAGCUCCCCUUUGGGCCCCUCAAUGGCACAGCGUGGACAUAUCACUCACAGGAUGAGUUGGGGGGCUCCUCUCACUGGGGCCAGCUCACAAGCUACAGUGGAGGUGGCUACUACCUGGACCUUCCGGGAUCCCGGCAGGGCAGUGCGGAGGCUCUCCGGGACCUUCAGGAGAGCCUGUGGCUAGACAGGGGCACUCGGGUGGUCUUCAUCGACUUCUCAGUCUACAACGCCAAUAUCAAUCUUUUCUGUGUUCUGAGACUGGUGGUGGAGUUUCCAGCUACAGGAGGUGCCAUCCCAUCCUGGCAAAUCCGCACAGUUAAGCUGAUUCGCUAUGUCAGCAACUGGGACUUCUUUAUCAUUGGCUGUGAGAUCAUCUUCUGCAUCUUCAUCUUCUACUAUGUGGUGGAGGAGAUCCUGGAGCUCCACGUCCACCGACUUCGCUACCUCAGCAGCAUCUGGAACAUUCUGGACCUGGUGGUCAUUUUGCUCUCCAUUGUAGCUGUGGGCUUUCACAUAUUCCGAACUCUUGAGGUGAACAGGCUGAUGGGGAAGCUCCUGCAGCAGCCAAAUACAUACGCCGACUUCGAGUUCCUCGCCUUCUGGCAGACACAGUACAACAACAUGAAUGCCGUCAACCUCUUCUUUGCCUGGAUCAAGAUAUUCAAGUACAUCAGCUUCAACAAAACCAUGACCCAGCUCUCCUCCACGCUGGCCCGCUGUGCCAAAGACAUCCUGGGCUUCGCUGUCAUGUUCUUCAUCGUAUUUUUCGCCUAUGCCCAGCUCGGCUACCUGCUUUUCGGGACCCAAGUGGAAAACUUUAGUACUUUCAUCAAGUGCAUUUUCACUCAGUUCCGGAUCAUCCUUGGGGACUUUGACUACAAUGCUAUCGACAAUGCCAACCGCAUCCUGGGACCUGCCUACUUUGUCACCUAUGUCUUUUUCGUCUUCUUCGUACUUCUGAACAUGUUUCUUGCCAUCAUCAAUGACACAUAUUCAGAGGUCAAGGAGGAGUUGGCUGGACAGAAGGAUGAGCUACAGAUUUCUGACUUCCUGAAACAGGGCUACAACAAGACCCUACUGAGGCUGCGUCUCAGGAAGAAACAGGUUUCGGAUGUGCAGAAGGUCCUGCAGGGUGGGGAGCAGGAGAUCCAGUUUGAGGAUUUCACGAACACCUUGAGGGAACUGGGGCACAAAGAGCACGAGAUCACUGAGCUCGCAGCUACCUUCACCAAGUUCGACCAAGAUGGGAAUCAUGUCCUGAAUGAGAAAGAGCAAAAACAAAUGCAACAGGACCUGGAGGAGGAGAGGGUGGCCCUCAAUGCUGAAAUUGAGAACCUGGGCUGGUCCAUUGUGAGGAGUUCACCAGGCAAAUUGGGUCCAGAGGCUACCGGAGCAGGUGACUGGGUUUCAGGAGAAGAAUUCUACACGCUCACAAGGAGAGUUCUGCAGCUGGAAUCUGUCCUGGAAGGAGUCCUGGCACAGGUUAAUGCGGUGGGCUCAAAGCUAAGCAUGCUGGAGAGGAAGGGGCAGCUGGCUCCCUCCCCAGGCAUGGGGGAGCAGACAUUUGGGAACACCUGUAGCCAGCCCCAGCUGUGAUUCCAGCCCCCUGGGGAGUCGAGGGUGGGUAGGACAAUGGUGGGGGAGGGCUCCAAAAGCAUCAGACAGCAGGCUCCUCUCUCACUGCCUUCCCAGAGGCCCCCUCUGCACAUUCCCUCUAUUUCUAGGGCAACAGUUCCCACCAUUGCUGCUGCCAAGUCCUACCCUGUGUUUGGCCUUUUAAGCCCAUGUUUCUGUGUGUAACUGAGUGUCAUGCUUAGGCUUGUGACUCAGUGUUUCUGUGUGUAGCUCUGCAGCUCUGCAUAGCUCUGUGAAAUAAUAUCUCCCACUGGGCCUCACACACCCUGUGCUUCCCAUCUCUGCUGUAGUGAUUAAACAAGCAAUCAAAAAGGUCAAUAACAAACAGAAUAAAGGAAGGGAGGGUAAUGAUUUCCCCAAGCAUCUGGGUAGUCAUGAUUUCUGAAAAAUAUAGCAUCCAAGAGUAGCAAUAUCUAGAUGUCUUCCUACUUACCAGUGAGUCUUACCCAUUGGACAUCUAGAGACCUACUUCUAGAACCUAUUGGGUUCUUGUCUUCCCCAUAGGAUUUCCCUGUAGAAGAGAAGGGGAAGUCAUAUAGGUGAGGAGACUCUCAUGUGGGGGAGAUUACAAUGUCGCAGAGGAGUUGGAGUGAUUACCUCCCCAACCUGAGGAGACAGCCCAUGAACGCUCAGUGGAGGAUCCUACUCCCAACCUCCUACAGAACACGGAACUGAAGGGGCUGUAAACCAGGAUGAAGUUGGAGCCUGAGGAAAAUCAGGCAAAGAAAUGACCCCAAGAUUCAGUGAUCUUUGGAUUGAGAUGUGCUAGGCUCUGACUCUAUUCUUCUAUUGGACAGUGUGGGUUUCCCUGGUGACUAUCAAUAAAAAUCCUUAGGAAAAUCAA